AUGCAAACAGAGACUGGUGAUUCUUUUGAGGACAGUUGUCCAGGUGAGUCAGGCGGCAGGUCUGAGCAAUGCCAACAUUUUGAACCCAGUUUUGGCGGCACUCUUUUUGGAAAUGAGGCUGAACACUCAGACACUGACUAUGGUUUUGAGCAUGUUGGUGGAACAGUUUUGCAAGGUCGCAAUGGUCUUGAUUUUUCGGGUGGUACAUCAGAACCUUCAAAUUUUGUUGUGACUGGCUCUUCAACUUCAUUUGAACUCUUGCGGAGUGCAGUCAGUGCCAGUGAAGAUUCGAACAGGGUCAGAUCAAAGAGGUCUGCCGAUGCUUCCAAUUUGGGGGCUGCACAGGUACCCAGAGGCCCGGUUUUGGACAAUGGGAACUUCUCACAAAUGCUGCAUGAUGCUUUCAUUAGAACUGCAGAGCCCAUGUCAGUGGUUAUGCCUUGGGAGAGAGGAGUUGCAAAGACAAUUUUUUCUAGAGGCCGUAACACCUUGGGUAUUCAAAAACAACAGUUGAGAAGUUGGGUUCAGACAGCUGACAGUUUGUCGGAAGAUGCAGUCGCAACGGAACCUAAGAUGGUGGAGGCACCCGGCAUGGCGCUGUCUGGAGCCCUAUUUGAAAAAGUUUUGUCGGUGGUUUCGGACCAGAAUUUUCUGGAAAAACGACAGGAGGCCUUGGGUGUAGCCAUAGACAAAUGGUUCAGCAUCAUCAGAAUCAACCUUUUAGGAUCUGAGGUUGGACAGACAAUCAUUGGACAUGGCGGGAACAUCCAAGAGCAGAAAUUGGGUGCUUACGAAACAAUCGAGGCAAUCAUCGGUGUCAGGUCGCGGACAACAGCCAUUUCAAGGGCAAACGCUCUGUUGAAAUUCUUCAGGUGGAGAGCGGACUUCACAGAAGAUGAUGGCAAGCCGGUGACUGAGCAAGCCGCUUGGAACUACGUGGCAUGGCUUAGAUCCGAUGGUGUGGUGGCAUUGCACAGUUUGAUGGAAAACAGAACAGCCAAUUUCAUCGACAGGGCGCUUGCAGCAUACACCCUCCUGGCCCUUUACGGCAGGUGCAGACACAGCGAUUUGGCAGCGGUGGAUUGUGUGAUGUUGGACUUCGAUGAGAAAGGUGGAUUCAUCGAGAUAUCAACAAGGUUGCACAAGACAGCUAAAAGUGCAUCUCAAAAAUCCCAAUUGCUUCCAAUUGUCAUCCCGGCGAUUGGGAUCACGGGACAAGUUUGGGUGCAAGAGGCAAUCGAUGCUUUCUCGUACUGUGGCUUGAGUUUGGAGGGCAAAAUUCAAGGGCCUCUUUUUAGGCCGCCCAUGGCAGCUGGUGGAGGGCUGUGCAAACGUGGUCUGACUUCGUCGGAAGUGACAAAGUUUCUGAGGCUCCUUUUUGAAAGCAACGAAACAAACACUGAUGGGCCACGUGUGUCGUCACACAGCCUUAAGGCUACUGCGCUGUCUUGGGCAUCCAAGUUUGGAUUGCCAAUCCCUGACAAAGCAAUUCUGGGAAGGCACGCAAGUGCAACUACAGAGGCACAUGCGAUUUACUCGCGCGAUCUGGCUGUGGCAUCGGUGAUGAAAUUGCAGGACAUCAUUUUGAGGAUUUCACGUUUGGAGUUUCAGCCUGAUAACCCUCGCAGGGGGUACUUUGCAGAAGAAAGCAGACCUCAGCCAGAGAUUGAGGCCAGUGAGGUGGUGAAGGUGGAAGAAGAUUCACCCUCUCAAGAAGUUGCUGAAGGCGACACAGAAAUGGGCAACGGAGAAAUUUCUGAACAUCACAGCUCCUCAAGCGACUCUUCGGCAGGUGAGUCUUCGAGUUCAGAAGCUGAGGUGAAUCCUCCGCCACCAAAGUGUUACAGACAUACUGCAAGAGGCCAUUUGGAAGGCCGCUUCGUGAUCCACAAGACCUCAAAACUGGUGCACUACAAAGACUCUGUGGUGGCAGACGUGAAAUGUGACGGCAAACAGGUCUUAUCAUGUGGAAGAGCUUUGACUGGAAACUAUGGAACGGUUGUCAAUUUCGACACCGGCGAGAUGGCGUCGCUCCUGGACUCAGAAGCUCAGUUUGUUCAGAGAACGCUGGAUCUCAAAUUAUCAGAUGAGUUGAAGAGGAGUCUUAAAGGUGCCAAAAGGCUUUUAUUCGAAUCGCAGACCAUGGUCCUAGCGGCAUUGCAGGAUUCAGUGAACACUCCAGACAGUACCUCCAUCAAGAAGGCAUUGCUGGAAGAGGGAGUGCAACCGAAGCGAGAUGAUGCAGGUGUGUUGGCCCUGGAUACCAAGCUUCUUAGCGCCUUGGAAAGCUAUCGAGUCUCCUUCAGCUUGCUCCCUCUGUUGGCAAAGAAGGAACAUCAGCAGACGGAAGCUGGUGGGGACAAUUGUGAACAAUUUGGUGCACUUGAAAUGCAAAGCCAUCUCAAUAAAAGUCAAUUUUCCUUCUCAACUGAGCAAAUCACUUGUCCAGUGAUCAUAGAGGUUUUCUGUGGAAGUGCGCGGGUCACGGCAAGCUUGAAGGAGCUCGGUUUGGUUGAAUCUUUUGGAGUCGACCACGAAGUUGACAAGGCCAUUGCAACUGUGAAGUCACCUGAAUUUCCAGAAGGGCUAUCAGGUCUGCGAGACAAGGAUCGUCGCAGGGUGUCAGCGGCGAACAAGCUCUAUGAGUUCUUAGCAGAAAUAAUCAAGGUGAGUCACCAUCGCAUGUCCACAAGCCGUGGGGCAUUGUACACUCUGAACAAGGAACAAAAAACUGUUAUGGAGCAAGCGUGGGGUAUUCCCUUUACGCCUGAGGAGUUCAUUCAAGAAGCUGUGAACAGAGGACAUCCAAAACUCAUCUCAACACUUGUACCUCCUGUUCUAAUGGAAGCUGUUUUUCACAAUUUCCAAAAUGGGGACCUCAGCCAUUUACCACGACUUAGAGCAGAGUGGUUCAGCAAAUGGACAGCCAGAGCCAACGAGCUUAAAGCGGAGGAGCUACAGUGGAAGGCAAGCAUGCCGGAUCACAUUGCAAACAUUCUAAAACCAAAGCGGCUUCUUCUUUGGAAGGAAAUUUUGUUGGACAUUGGAUAUCCAGAUGCAGAUGUGGUGUCGGAGCUUUCGAAUGGGACUGAGCUUGUGGGGGAAGUUCCUUCCUAUGGCAUUUUCGAAAAAACUUUCAAACCAGCAGAAACCACAGUGGAGAGUUUAUGCAAGGCAGCAAAAUCAAUCAAGCGAAAACAGUAUUACAGUUGCAGAUCAUCGGGAGACACUGAAAUCGAUGAGCUUGUAUGGAAGAAAACUCAAGAAGAAGUAGAGCUGGGAUGGGCAUCGGGACCAGUGGAUAUAUCUGACCUGCCCACAGAUGCAAUUGUUAGCAGACGUUUUGGUCUCCGACAGCCGGGGAAAAUCCGUCUAAUAGAUGAUUUGUCAGCCAGCAGUGUCAACCAGACGGUGCAGUGUGCAGAAUCGCCAAAACCACAGUCGAUUGAUUUUGUGGCCGCCCUUCUGUUGACAAUUCUGAAAAGCAGUGGAGGAGCAAAGAUCAAAGGUGUCAAAGCCUUGAAAAUAAUGUGGAGCGUGUUCUUCGAUGAUUAUGUGGUUUUUUCGCAUGAGAGCCAUGUCAACAAUACUGAAACUACAGUUGAACUCUUGUUCCAACUGCUGGGUUGGAAGUUUGCAGUGGAUGGUGAUAAGGCUACUUGUUUCGAUGAAGAAUUCUCGGCGCUGGGAGUACGCAUAAAUUUGGUGGAAGCUCAAUUGGGACGAAUCAAUUUCAUCAACACUGAAAAGCGUAUCAAAGAAUUGAGCGACGCUAUAGGGGACAUUAUCAAAAAAGGAAGCAUGACUGUUUUGGAAUCUCAAAAACUCAGAGGGAGGAUGCAGUUUGCUGAUGGACAGGUUUUUGGUCGCUUGGGAAAACUUUGCAUGAAAGCCAUCACCAAUCAUGCUUUCAAGAGCCAGGGCGACAAAUUGGAAAAACAAACGGUCGACGCCUUGAGGAGGUUUACAAUUUUCCUGAACCAUGCUAAACCUAGAAGCUUGGAGUUGGCGUCGGAUUCAGUCUGGACCAUUACACUGAUGCUUGUUACGAACCUCACAGAGAAAAUUGGGUUUGUGGUCUCGGUGGAGUUUUGGUAA